GUGACGAAAGGGCGCGCUUGAGGGAGCAAGAGGAAGAGGAAGAGAGUGAUAUAAAGAGAGGUCUGCGAGAAAAGGAACGCGGGGAAACAGGGACUCGUUUGCUCGAGACGUUAAAUACAGAUAAAAUUAGAUUAUUUGGGGCAAAGGAAGAAAAAGGGAAAUACAAAUAAGGGGGGGCAGUUGUUCGCAUUGGGUCGCCUCUUUGACAUGGCACCCGGUGUUGUGAUUUCGGAAACCACGAUGGUAUCGCUACAUUUUACGAUGGAUUAGUACCUUUUGUAGUUCGGAACAUUCACUUAGCCCUGUUGAACUCAGUGCCUCGAACUCUUCUUUCACACGAGAGCCCCUGCUGGAGACAAUGGCGGAGGCGCCGAAAAGAACAAAGUGGCAGAUCCUGCUGGCGGCGCUGAGCAGCGUUUCGGUGGAGCCCGUGAUGCUGCUGGACGGCGUGGCCUACUCCAACAUGGUGGUGCUGGUGGAGAACCUGCAGAUGGACAAGGUGUGCCGCGUGAACCUCAACCACUCGGCCGAGGUCUGCGGCAAUCUGUCGGAGCACAAGGUGGUGCGCGACGAGAUGACACGCGAGGUUAGCGUGUUCGCCAUGUACAACGGCAUCAUCACCUCCAUCAUCCCGCUGUUCUUCAUCCUGUUCAUGGGCGCCUGGAGCGACAAGUACGGCCGCAAGACGCCGCUCCUCGUGGCCACGCUGGGCCACCUGCUCUAUGCGCUCGGAUACCUCGUCAACUCGGCCGUGGAGGCGUGGCCCGUCGAGUACCUGCUGGUCGUGGCCCUGCUCGACUCGCUGGGCGGCGGCACCGUGUCCUUCCUGACGGCGGCGAACUCCUACAUGAGCGACGUGACCACCGAGGAGGCCAGGACCUCCCGCCUCGGCCUGGCCAACAGCAUCUGGUUCCUGGGCGGCCCCAUCGGCACCUUCAUCGGCACUUACAUAUACAAGGCGGGCGGCUACCAAGUGCUCUUCGGAACAUCGCUGUCCAUGUACCUGGUCUCGUGCGCCUACAUCAUCUUCCUGCUGCCGGAGAGCCACGGGCCCUUCGCCAACGUCAAGAAGCUCGAGAAGAUCCUGGAGCCGAAGCAGUCGCUGCGCCUGCGGGAGAGCAUCGUGUGGGUGUACGGCCUCGACAAGGACAAGAAGCGGGACCUGAUGCACACCGAGAGCGUGAGGGAGCGGGCCAGGAAGAUCUCCCUGGCGCAGAUGCUCAAGGACUUCUUCAACCCCCGCCGCUUCGUCGACAGCUUCAGGUGCACCCUCAAGAAGCGGGAGGGCCACGUCAGGAUCUACAUUCUGCUCCUCAUCUUCAGCAAUCUCCUGCGCAAGCUCGGUCGAGGUGAGUUCCUUGGGGCUCGGGCUCGGGCGCGCAGGAGGAGCCUCCACCGCGCGGCGAGGGCGGCCGCCUCCCUGCGCAGGGAAGGGCUCCUCGUGUGCGUCUGUGUGUGCUUAUAAGUGUAUGCUUGAAGAAAGCGAUAGUUUCUGCGUUCGAUGCACAGCUAAUCGAAAUGAUUUUCACCCAGAAUAAUUGCAUCUUGUCUGAUAAAAAUUAUAUAUUCCUUAUUUGCUCCACAUGAAUCAGAUCAAAACAAAGAACAAAAACAGACGGUAGGUAAAACAAAACAAAAAGCCGUCUGGAAGGCCGACGCAAGCAGCAAAAAAGAAAUAAAGAAAAACUGGUUCUCCGAAUAUCAUUGUUGUUGUUUGUUUAUGAGAGUGCUGUUGCAUCACGGGUCAGCAACUAAGAUAAAUGCCUGAUGCAUUCCCUUCUUUAUCACAUUUUUUUGGUGGGUAUUAUUAUAUAAUCAUUAUAAUCUUGUGUUAUAUAGUCUCCCUCCUUUGUCUCUGACAAGAACAGCACUCGGGUAGGAAUUCCACUGAAUUUCUCGACUUCCGCCUGAAGGUUGCCCUCGGCGGGUCGGACGCCUCAACGACAGCCUUGUUAUCAAUGCGUUCAGUGGAAUUAAGAUAUUGCAAAUCGGUUUCCGUUCCGCCUCACCUCGCGACGCGGGCUGGAGCGAGCGAAACAAAGAGACGCGGAAACGAUAAUGUCCGAUGAUAAGCGUGAGAAAGGAAUGUAGGAAGAGGAAGGCAUUUGCUUCCUCUGACGAUCUUGUGCCAACAUGAGCUGGCGCUAGAGGGCGUGGCGGCCGGACACAGAUGCUUACAGGCAUACGCAC